AUGGAUUUUCUCCUUGCUAAAUUUGAUAAAUCGUGGGACACUCCAACAAAGCUUGAUGAGAAAAUGAAAGACCUAAAGAGAAAACAGGUGGAACUAAAUGCUCUAAAAGGAGACACAGAGUCAAGAACAAGCACAGAGCUGCAUCCGAGAAAAAAACUAAAGAAAGAAGUUGAGUUAUGGCUCGGGAAUGUUGAAACAGUAAACAGCAAAAUCCAAGACCUUGAACAAAAAAUUGGAGAAAGUAGUUUUGUCUCACGUGGAUUCCUCAAAGGAGAUGUUUUGAAGAAGAUACAAGAAGUUGAUGAACUUUUUCAGCGGGGUAGGUUUCGCGACAGUUUGGUAGUUAACAACCCUGGGUGGAUUGGACAAGCUCUAUCAACCACAACUUUAUUCGGUGGAGCUGCAAAAACUUGUAUGGAAGAAAUUUGGGCCUACUUGAUGAAUGAUGACAUUCAAAAGAUUGGAGUUUGGGGGAUGGGAGGAAUAGGGAAAACAACCAUCAUGAAGCUCGUACACAACCAGCUAUUGAAAGAGACUGAAAAUUUUGACAUUGUGAUCUGGAUCACUGUAUCAAAGGAGAUGAACAUCAUUAAACUACAAAAUAGGAUUGCACGUGCAAUGAAUGUAACCCUUCACGAAGAUGAAGAUGAAACAAUAAGAGCAGGGAUGAUAUACGAAAUGUUGGCUCGUAAAGGCAAGUAUGUGUUAAUCCUUGAUGAUCUGUGGGACAAACUUUCUCUUGAAGAAGUAGGCAUCCCCGAGCCUUCUAAUGGGAGCAAAUUAUUGGUAACAACUCGGUUAUUAGAUGUGUGUCACUAUUUGGAUUGCCGAGAAGUUAAAGUGCCGACUCUUUCAAAACCAGAUGCAUGGAGGUUGUUCACGGAAAAAGUAGGUCGAGAUGUUUUGAAUCAUCAAGAUCUAUUACCCCUUGUGAAAUCUGUUGCUGAAGAAUGUGCCGGUUUACCUUUGGCUAUUGUUACAAUAGCAAGCAGUAUGAAGGGUGUACGUGACAUUCAUGAGUGGAGGAAUGCACUCUUUGAAUUAAACAGACAAGUGAAAAGCGUGAAUGGGAUGGAAGAGAAGGUAUUUCAACAACUUCAGUUCAGCUAUGAUCGUUUACAAGAUGAAAAAGUGAAGCAUUGCUUCCUAUGCUGUGCGUUAUAUCCUGAAGAUUGGGAAAUAAAUACAGAUAAGCUUAUAAAUCUGUGGAUUGCUGAAGGGCUUGUGGAAGAAAUGGAUAGCAUACAAACGGAGAUUGACAAGGGGCAUACCAUACUGAAUAAACUCAAAAACAGUUGUUUGAUAGAAAGUUGUAUGAUAGAAAACAGUAAUAUAGAUAAAGGUCAAGUGAAGCUGCAUGAUGUUGUACGGGACAUGGCAUUGCGCAUCACAAGUGCAAGACCACGAUUCUUGGUGAGAGCUGGCAUGCUAUUGAAAAGGAUACCUGAUGUGCGAGAUUGGAACGAAGAUUUGGAGAAAGCUUCAUUGAUGUGUAAUUUGGAAUUACAAAUUCCAUCCCAAAUGCCUUCCCCAAAAUGCCAAAAGCUCACAACAUUAUUGAUGUGCCGAUGCAAGAUAGAGAGCAUUCCAGAGUGUUUCUUUGAGCAAAUGCAUGGACUUAAGGUUCUUGAUCUUUCUGAAAAUCUUAUUAAGAAUUUACCAAAUUCCAUCUCUAAUUUGGAAACUCUCACUACAUUAUUGCUUGGUUGGUGUGAACAAUUAGAGAAGGUGCCAUCUUUUUCAAAACUUCAAGCUUUAAGGAAGUUAGACCUUAGAGGAACAAAAAUCAAGGAUAUACCUCAUGAGAUGGAAAGGUUGGUAAAUCUCAAAUAUCUUGAUUUGAGUUACACGAAAAUAACAGAGAUGGCCGAUGGAAUGUUGGCAAACUUCACAUCCCUUCAGCACUUCUCAAUACUUGGAUUUGAUUAUAAAUUAUUCGUUAGCGAAGAGGAAAUAAGUGGAUUAAUGAGGAAGUUGGAAAUCUUUGAAGGGUGUUUGUUUGACUGGAAUGAGUGGAACAGUUAUGCCCAAGCUUUGCAUGCUCGAGAAAGAUGGCCUCGUCAAUACUUCAUUUUAGUGGGUGAUCGAUUAAUGUGGGAUGAUUUAGACAAUAAUUCGAAAAAAUACAUUGAAUUAAAAGGUUGUGACAUGAUCUGUACAAAUGGUAUUAAGAUCCUAUCUGAUGUUGAGGUUUUGACUAUUGUGGAAUGCACUGUGGAUUUGUGUGAAGAAGAGUCAUUUUUCUCGUGGUUUAUCCCAGUGCCACAUAAUAAUUUUUCAUUUCUUUCUCGGAUUGUGAUAAUUACCUGUAAAAAAAUAAAGAAGUUGUUCUCGUCCAAUUGGGUGCUGCACAACCUCCAAAAUUUGAAUACUUUACGUGUUGAGGAUUGCUGCGAUAUGGAAGAAAUAAUAGCAUCAGAGUCAGAGUCAGAGUUGGAGGGAGAAGGAAAUGGAGUUGCUAUCAAGCUUACUCUUCCAAGAUUAAAGAAAUUGGAAUUGUGGGAUCUACCAAAAUUGAAGAGCAUUUGUGGUGCAAAUGGAGUAGUGGCUUGUGAUUCUAUUGAGGAGAUUGUUAUACGUGAUUGUCCAAAAUUAAAGAGGAUACCUCUGAAUCUUCCGUUGCAAGAUGAUGGCCAACCAUCUCUUUCUCCUUCUCUUACAAUUAUUGAAGCACACCCAAAGGAGUGUUGGGAAUCGGUGGAGUGACACCAUCCAAAUGCCGAGUCUUUGUUGGAUCCCUACAUUUGACAUGUAGUUGCAUGUUCGUUGAAAUGCUUGACCACUACAGCGGUCACUUUUUUCUUUGAUCAAAUGCCCGACCGCAAUGGUAGCUUAUUUCUAACAUUUCCUUUUCAUUCUUUCUUUUUUCUUUAUCCUUUUCUAUUUUCACUUUCUUAUAUGUUAAUCUCAUGCUUGACCUUUCCAGCUUUCUUUGAGAUCUUUCAGCACACCAAGGAUUAUUUUUUUUGAUUAUACGGCAGCAGCAGCAAUAGCAACAGCUCACACACUUUGAUGUUUAUAACUCCCUUGAUGCAUGUUCUUUUCAAGUCUAAUAUGUUUCUGCCCUUCUUGUUGAUGUUUAUAAGAUUCGUGAGAAUUUAGGUACAUAACCUGCUCCAGGAUUAGAAAUGGCAAAUGCUCAC